AUGCUGAAGGUGACGACCUUCUUCCAAGGCCUUCCGGGCCAGCGGCCUGUGCCAGGGUCCCUCGACGUGCCCGGAAGCCCCCAGAAGUUACCCUCCAUGGCAGAGGCAGACUCAGAGGCCUCCAUGUCAGAGGCCUCCUCUGAGGACUUGGUGCCACCUCUGGAGGCUGGGAGAGCCCCUCAAAGGGACGAGCAAGAGGCUUCCAAGAGGAAGGAGAAGAAGCCAAGAGGCCUGGCCAACAUGCUCAGCGUCUUCACCAAAGGGAAGAAGAAGACGACGAAGGCUCAGACGCCCAGCUCAGCGGAGCCGGAGUGCGGGCCCGAGUGCGGGUGGGCGUCGGACGGCCCCCUGCCCACAGUGGAGGAGCUGAAGGCGGCCCUGGAGCGCGGGCGCCUGGAGGCGGCGCGGCCGCUGCUGCUGUGGCGGCGCGGCGUGGCCGAGGUGGUCGAGGAGCGCAUGAGCCGGCGGCCGGCCGCGGGAACCGAGGGCCGCUCGGAGGCCGAGAGCGCCUUCCUGCACAUGGGCCUCACCAUGAAGGAGGACCUGGAGGCCGUGGUGGAGCGGCUGAAGCCGCUGUUCCCCGCCGAGUUCGACGUGGUGGCGACCUACGCCGAGCGCUACCACGAGCACUUUGCGGCCCACCUGGCCACCAUGGCGCAGUUCGAGCUGUGCGAGCGCGACACUUACAUGCUGCUUGUCUGGGUGCAGAACUUCUACCCCAACGACAUCAUCAACAGCCCCAAGCUGGCGCAAGAGCUGCAGAGUGUCAGGCUCGGAAGCCUCCUGCCCCCUAAGCAGAUCCAGCUGCUGGAGGCCACGUUCCUCUCCAACGAGGCAGCCAAUGUGAAGGAACUGAUGGCCCGUGCCCUGGAGCUGGAGUCACAGCGCUGGGCCAAGGAUGUGGCCCCCCAGAGGCUGGAUGGCCACUGCCACAGUGAGCUGGCCAUCGACAUCAUACAGAUCAUCUCCCAGGGCCAGGCCAAGGCUGAGAGCAUCACCCCUGACCUGGGCAUGCAGAUAAAGCAAGUGCUGCUGGUGGAGCUGGCCGCCUUCCUGAGGAGCUACCAGCGCACAUUUGAUGAAUUUCUGGAGAGAUCCAAACAGCUGAGAAAUUACAGGGCUAAUAUCAUUGCCAACGUCAACAACUGUCUGUCCUUCCGGACAUACAUGGAGCAGAAGUGGCAGAUUCCACAGUAUCCCCCAAGUCACCUGCUGGGCCCCCUGAAUGAGCUCAAGAGUCACGGCUUUGACACCUUACUCCAGAACCUGUUUGUGGAACUGAAGCCGCUGUUCAAGAGGUUCACGCAGACCCGCUGGGCGGCCCCUGAGGAGACCUUGGAGGAAAUCAUCGCUGCUGUGGGCGGAAGGUUGCCUGAGUUCUUGGAACUGCAGGACUGUUUCAGGGAGGAGCUCAUGGAGGUGGUACACCUGCACCUGGUGAAGGAGUAUAUCAUCCGCCUCAGUAAGCGACGCCUGGUCCUCAAGACGGCCGAGCAGCAGCAGCAACUGGCAAGGCACAUCCUGGCCAACGCCGAUGUCAUCCAGCACUUCUGCAUCCAGAAUGGCUCGCCCGCAACCUGGCUGCAUUCCGCCCUCCCCACCCUCGCCGAGAUCAUUCGCCUGCAAGACCCCAGUGCCAUCAAGAUUGAGGUGGCCACUUAUGCCACGUCAUACCCUGAUUUCGGUGAGAACAAGGGGCACUUGGGAACCUGA